AUGGCCGCCGCCAUGGUCGCCUCCGAAUCCUCCCUCAGCAGUCGUGUUUCCUUGAUCUCGCUCGACCCGGCGGUCGCCAGUCACAUCACGGGCACUACGAGGACGACCACCCUUCCGUCGGCGUCGCAAUAUGGUUCCAGCCCAAGGAAAAGUACCAAAACGCCUGACACCGACAUCUCCCGCAGCCACAACAGAAAUAAUUCUGCUCCUAGUGUUUCGGACAGGAAGGGACCGACGUCGCUAAGGCGCGUCAAGGACAGCACGGAGGUCUUGAGACAGCGCUCGACAAAAUCGUCCACCAAAAAGCCUAAAAAGUCGCUGGAGACGGUUCCGGACAAUAUCCACGGCCGCAACUUCACUGUCGGCAAUGUGGGAACCGGGGGGAUCCUUUAUUUGACGCCGUCAACACUUCAAAUGGGCAAUGCUUCUCCACAUUCUAUUGUCUCACCAGUGCUUUUGCCCUCGGCAGUCCCAGCUGUCCUGAACAACGGCGCGCAGCGGCUUCCAAUGGACGAAAAGGCGCCAACCACCAGGUCCGUGUCCUCUUCCCAAUCUCAACGAACGGCCUCUUCGAAACUGUCCGUUAGACCUUCCCCGAGACCCAAAGCCUUCCCCAAUCAUGGCCGGUCGCAAUCCUUUUCUACCCUCGAGGAGCAUCGCCAAUCUUUGCUGGCUCCACAGUCGCGGACGCUGAAGAUCAUCAUCAAUCGCCCCGAAACCGCAAGGCCAAAGACGUCCCAAGAGUCCACUGAAGAGCCGGCUUUAGAAUUCCACCCUACUCUGGAAGUUCCUAUCCCACAUUAUCGUAUUGGCACUUUUCGCCUCAGUUCCAAUGGCACCCCAGUACUACGGGGGUCUUCAUACACGACGGCGUCUCUCGCUCCCUCGGACGUCACCCCUACACAAGCAAUCAUGCAGGCAGAAGGAUUUUUGGCGGCACCUCCAUCUGCUAGCCUCAAAGCUUUUGCAAACUUCGAAGCAACAGGGACGACAGCCGAGGAGGAGGAGGCAGCACCUGGCGCACCUCCCAUGCCGCCGCUCUCCAAGACUGCGUCCACAACGACUUCGAGCUUGCCCAGCAUCGUCCAACCACAAGUAUUUGACCACCUGACCCAGAUCUACGAUGACCCCUCGAUUGUCCGGUAUUGCCAGAACGUGAGGGAAAUCACCGCGGCCACUCCUGCUCGGAUCAUUGCUCAAAUCUCGUCGGAUUCCUUCAUGGACUAUGAACUGGUAUCCGACUUUUUUCUCACAUUUCGGUCCUAUAUGUCAACUUAUCAAGUGCUUGACCUUCUCCUUGCAAGAUUAAGGUGGGCUAUUGGUCGCUUGGAAGAGGACGGCAGGAUCAUCCGCGUACGCACUUUUGCGGCUCUUCGCCAUUGGAUCCUGAACUAUUUUAUGGAUGAUUUUUUUAUUGACCACCGCCUUCGAGUCCGCUUCUGUAACGAGGUCAACAGGCUCUACAACGACGUCAAGACGAACCCGGAAAACGGAUUUAGCGAUCUCAAACUCUUGCGCGACUUAAAGAGGUGCUGGAAUGGUCGCUGUUCCUUAUGCUGGGGCCCGGAGAACUUUGAUUUGGAUGGCGAACAGGAGGAAGAUAUUCAACCUGGAGGGCUGGUCGAGACGUAUCGUACACCAAGGCCAUGGAUCGGCGUUCAACCGGUUCGGGCCUCGCAUGACCCUCCUCAACCACCGCUCUUUCGAGGGCAGCAACAGAGUUGGUUCGAAACGGAUACUGCUGUCAGGCCAAGCCAUGACCGUCAAGCUUCAGACAAUUCUGGUCUUCUGAGUGAUGGUAGCGUCCAAGCAACUUCUUGCUUCGUCCCCAAGAACCUCCUGCGCCCCGGUGCUGGUGCGAGUGAAACCCAUUCAAAAGCUCCUCAUCCGGUCUCUGUUCAAUUGAGACGAAAGAAUGCGCCCGCCAAUCUGCAAGUGGUAACUCAACCCGUACCAACUCAAAAGGUCAUUGGCCACAGGAGAGGAGCAAGCUCUAUCGACAGCAAUAGGGAGUCAACCCCUCGCAAAAUAAAAGCCGAACCUUCUGCCCGGGUUGUGGACGACGGUAGCAUCAUCCGAGGACUUCUUUACAGUCCAAGCACUCCUUUCGUCCACAUUGUAUCUUCUCACUCCACUCAGUCGCUUGAUAGACAUGAAUUGGGAGCCUCUCGAGGAGGACCUAGAAGGGAGCAUGGUACGCAAUCCGCGACACCACCCGUUGCGAGGAAUAUCUUCGGUUCAAUACGAAAAGUCCUCGGAAGUAAGCAGGGUCAUAUUGAUAUGACCCUCCUCACUGUUUCUCAAUCUGCUCAAGAUGUACCGAUUCGAGGCCAAAAAGCACAUUUGCCUCUCAAUGUGUCCAAAUCUCACGAUGAACUGCGCAACAAGUCGGGAGCCGGCAUGCCCAGGAAGGGCGAAAUGCGCAUUGACCUCCUCUCAGCUGCAGCAUGUCAGAACUACGAGACUAGGUUUCCUUCAAAACAUCGAAUCAGUUACGCGCCCUUCUUUGCCAUCAACCGUCCUAUUCAGCCAGCCACAUCUGCUGCAGACGUGCAUGAGCCACAGCGCAUGCCAAGUCAUGCUACCCGGCAAAGUGGCUCAAUCUUGAUAGUUGAUGAUACAGGUCCAGAUUUUCCUUCGAUGUCUGGUGCGCUUCCAACAACAGACAAUGACUUCGAUUAUGCGGAAAUCGCUCCCUUACCAUUGCUCGGCGUUCAGAAUGCUACUCUUCUAGGCGAUCGAAAGGAAAGUUUCGAUGCGGUUGCAACGCAGAGGAGCUCGAACGUCCUUCCUCAUGAUAUAGAUCUGCCGCCGGCGCAAGAGAGCGGUGGUAGUUUGGAGCAGGUUACAACCGACCCACCCGAUCUGGGUGAUGUGUUCGAGGCACCUCCUGAGACUCCGGUCGCGCUCGAUAGAGCACAUUCUCCUACGACAGCCAGCUCCAGGACUGUUCGGGAAGAUAUUAUGCCAGUCGAUGCUUCCAUGGUUGGCGGACUUACCAUCCAGCCUGAAGAGGCAUCUAUCCCAGAAAGUAUGCAGGACGGAGAUGUGGAUAUGGGCCACUCGGAGUCGGGAAUGAGACUACCGCCGCAGACUCUUAGACGGAGGCCAGGAGGCGACUUACGUCGAGUUGAAAAUGUGCAAGAAUUGGAUCACACAUUUCACCAUGCUUCCAUAGAUACUGCCAGCGCAGUGUCUGGGUCACCUCACGAAUCGCUCCUUAUCAUGAAAACAGACACAGUCCGGCGGCGCACUCUUUCAGCAGAAGGUCCUCCGCCCAACAAGCCCAUCUCUCUGAUCAAUACGCAUUCCUCCCAGCACCUCCGACCUUCCUUCGAGGCAGCUAUAGCCGGCUUCUCUGACAUUCCCGAUGACGAAGAUGGUGGGCUCGAGGCAACCUUGAUGAAGCUUGAGGGUCGUUACGAGAAGAGAUCACCACCCAUGGAACAGCAUCCGUUGGACUCUACCGCGCGGCGGCGAUCACUUCCAGAGCUGAGCCGGAUGUCUCAACCGGAAUCUGGAAAUCUAGUAAGAGCUAUCAAAAUGCCAGCUCCUGCUCCACGCGAGGACAUUCGCACAACAGUUGAUGAAGUUGCCUCGGAACAGUCGGCCGACGAACCCCUGACACCGGAGCCUCUGGUUAUGGAAGCGAAGCCAGCGUCGUCUCGUCGAUCCUCGAUCUACGGACUCCCGACCGAAAGCGUUGCCGGUUCUGAUGAGUCUUAUGGGUCCCUGCCGCUGCUGAAACGUGAAGCGGGUCAUGAGAGUACUGCUGAGGCUCUGCCUACUAAACCAGGCACAGACUUGCCUAUGAUUGCGCCGGGUUAUUUCCCGCAAGAUCCUCCUCAGCUCUUUCACCUACCCAAAGGACCUCCACCGAGCGGGAACAAGCACAGAGGCAGCAUUCCCCGACCCGAGACUGCCAAUGACAGCACACGAUCCUUCCUUCUCGACGAAGAUGAGAACCUUUCGGACCUAUCUUCGGAGAUAUCUGUGGACAUCAUCAAUUAUUCCGAGGUUGCGGGCCGGUCCAUUUCACCCAUGCUCGCUGCGCCGGGAACAGCUAUAUCUGGGUUGGAGAUACCGGCACACCCGCUGACCUAUGCGUCGGUGGUGAAUCUGCGUAUCCCCACUCCGCCGGAAAGAGUCUCAGACCCCAUCCCACAGAUCAAGACAGCGCAAACCAAUAAGCCUCCGUACAACGAUCGGACGGUGGCCAGGCAGCCAGACAGAUCCUCUGCUCAGCCCUUAGCCCGUCUGCCAACCGGCCCAGCGCAUAUGCCUUUUAUUCUCGCUUGUGAUUCACAGAUCCUUGCUCAACAAAUGACACUGGUAGAAAAGUCCGCGUUGUCUGAAGUGGAAUGGUCAGAUCUGGUCGAGAUGCGGUGGGAUAGCAAGACCGCUGAAAUCCUUGAUUGGGUCGAGUGCGUGGCGAGUGGGAACGUUCGAGGAAUCGAUCUGGUCAGCACACGCUUCAACCUGGUUGUCAAAUGGACCUUGUCCGAAAUUGUUUUGACCCAGGACAUUCAUGAAAGAGCUCGAGUCAUCACCAAGUAUAUUCAUGUCGCUGCACAUGCUCGCCGAUUGCACAACUAUGCAACAAUGUUGCAACUCACGCUUGCGCUCACCUCGACCGACUGCACACGACUCGUGAAGACUUGGGAGUUGGUGCCCAGCCCGGACAAGUCGUUGUUAAAGAACAUGGAAGCACUUGCGCAGCCUUUGCGCAAUUUCCACGAUCUUAGGGUGGAAAUGGAAUCGUCCGAUCUCAGCGGCGGCUGUAUUCCUUUUCUAGGAUUGUAUAUUCGUGAUUUGACAUAUAAUGCACAGAAGCCUUCUCACGUUGCAGGGGUUCACGGGACCGAGCCGCUGGUCAACUUCGAACGCUACAGAAGCACGGCCAUUAUUGUCAAAGGCCUUCUACGGCUGAUUGAUGCCAGCUCAAGGUACAACUUCGAGCCGAUACAGGGAAUAAUUGAGCGGUGUCUCUGGUUGGCCGCUCUUAGUGAUGAUCGAAUACGCAGCGCGAGCAAGACAUUGGAAAACUAA